UUUUGCGACUAUUUGGGAAGUUAAAAGUAAAAAGUAAAACGAUUUUAUUUUCCUUAGAUUGUUUAGAAGUUGCAAAAAAUGUUUUUUGUGCCAUUUUCGUGAUUUUUAAACUACUGUUCUAGUAACGGGAGAUAUUCCUCGAUUGUAAGCGAAGCACAGCUGAUUACCGUGGGCGAUUGGCUGCAGUUUAUCGUUUGUGAUUUUGUUUGUACCUCGAACUGCUAACAUCCAGAACCCGAAAGUUGUUUUCCACGAUAGGAGCCUGAUCUGGAAAAUGAACAGGCUAUCGGUGAAUUUAUGUCAGCAUCUACGGCGUACUUUGGACCCCAAUGUAAUUGCCUGCCAAGUGAUCGUGCCGCACCGAUGCUUCACGAAGAAGCGUGAUAGUACCGUGCGGCCAAGCUUGAAAACCCGAACAGCAGAUGUUAAUACACAGUUAGUGACAGCCUUAGCGCAGACGGAAGUGAGAAUCGACAAAAAACGAAAAUGGCGUGUUUGGGGUAUUUUUGACCGUGGACUGCAUGCCUUCGACGGGGACAUGGUGGUGCCUGGGCAGCUGUUGUGCCGCCAAUACGAUCUCAUGUACCAUCCGGGACAAUAUGUGGAUGUCGAAUGGGAUGGGACAUUGCGAGCGAAGGAAGGAGGUCGUAUGAUGAUAACCAGUGAAAUAAUUGAUCCCGAUUGGAACAACGAGAUGGUGCAACAAAAGUAUGCCGGACGGAAAGGACAUUUGAUUUUUAAGAAGCAUAUCCACAUUAUUCCCAAUCCUCUGCCAAAGAAGUUUAAACUGGCUACUCUUAUAUAAUUAGUUUUGGGCUUUCUGUGCGUGGAAUUUCUGUGGGACUGGAUACCAUGUAUAAAACGCUGAAGAACUUGUAAUUACUAAAAGUAGAAUCGGCGCAACGUGUUCAGAUUUUACGGCUGAAAGGAAAUGUGCUUCUUUACCCAGUAGCAGGUGGCACUUUUGAACUGUGUUAACUUGUUUCGUGUUACUGAAAUAUAUGCGACUGAGUACACAGCAGUCAGAAAUAUUAUCAAGUUUCUAACCGGACUAUUAAACUGGACAGAUCACAACAAAAA